UAUAUAAACAACUAAAUUGUAAAGUAGGGCAAAAUAUUAAUUUGUUAUUUCUGUUAAAAACAAGACACCUCAACAUGUCUUUACCAGUAGCAUUAUUAACAAGAAAAGAAAUAUUUAGUGCUUGCCAUCGUUUGCAUAGUCCUCAUUUAAGCAAUGAAGAAAAUGCAGAAAUUUUCGGAAAGUGUAAUAAUUUAAAUGGUCAUGGCCAUAAUUAUGUGGUUGAAGUAAGUGUUCGUGGUCCAAUAGAUAUGCGAACAGGUAUGGUUAUGAAUAUUACAGAACUAAAAGAAGCCAUGAAAAUUGUAAUCUUCGAAAAUUUGGAUCACAAAAAUCUUGACAAAGAUGUCCCAUUUUUUAAGUCAGUGCCUAGUACAACGGAGAACGUAGCUAUAUUCAUAUGGGACAAUCUAAAGAAAGUUUUGAAACAACCUGAGCUACUUUUCCAAGUGAAAAUUCAUGAAACGAAUAAUAAUAUUGUAUCAUAUAGAGGUCAGCAUACUGGCCAAAGACAAAUGGACAAAAAGAACUGCUGCCAACGAGGAAAUUGUACUAAUGUGUCGUCUGAUUCAGAUUAGAAAAUUCCUCAUGAAUUACAUUUAUUUUUGCUUAAAAUAAUAAAUG